GCUGCGACGAAGAGGUUGACCAUGCCGGACAAUCAGAUCUUCAAGGCCACUUACAGCGGCAUACCUGUUUACGAGAUGAUGUGCAAAGGAGUCGCCGUCAUGCGCAGACGGGCCGACUCGUGGCUCAACGCGACUCAGAUCCUCAAGGUAGCCGGAUUCGACAAGCCGCAGCGGACGCGUAUCCUCGAAAGAGAAGUCCAAAAGGGCGAACACGAGAAAGUCCAGGGCGGGUACGGCAAAUACCAAGGUACAUGGAUACCCCUCGAAAGAGGCCUCUCCCUCUCCAAGCAGUACGGAUGCGAGGUCAUCCUUCGCCCCAUAAUCGACUUCACUCCCGAGGCCAAGAGUCCCCCUCUCGCGCCGAAGCACCUUGUAUCUGCGCAGUCCUCCAAGGCGAGCGUACGUCGUGGUGGUGAGCUACCGGCUGCCUCGGUCAUCAGCACCCGGUCCUCAAAACGCGUAGGACAGGAUGGCGACGCCUCCGACAUCGAGACGGCUUCGAUUCGCGGGUCGGAAGACGGUACUAUGACCCCUUCACCCUCCGAAGCCACCACCAGCUCCCGUACUCCUUCUCCCAUCCGAAGCAGCCCCGGAGCCCCUGCAUCUACUUCGCAUGCCAUGGACGAGGACUUCCCUUCUCCCACUCCAGAACCCAGCCGCAAACGGAAGCACAGACCCACCGAGGACGACGACUCAAUAGACGACGCGUUCGGAGCAAACGGCGCUAACCAGUCCGUCUACGGCGACCAGAUCCUCGAAUACUUCAUAUCCGACUCCAACCAGAUCCCCGAGAUUCUCAUAAAUCCUCCUCCGGACUUCGACCCGAACAUGGCAAUAGACGACGACGGCCAUACAGCGGUGCACUGGGCGAGCGCCAUGGGUCGCAUUCGGAUAGUGAAGUUGCUUCUUACGGCGGGCGCGGACAUCUACAAGGUGAACAAGGCCGGCCAGACAGCGCUCAUGCGAAGCGUCAUGUUCGCAAACAACUACGACGUCCGGAAAUUCCCUGAACUCUACGAGCUGCUCCACAAGUCCACCCUAAAUAUCGACAACAGCAACCGCACCGUCUUCCAUCACAUAGUCGACGUCGCAAUGUCGAAGGGGAAGACCCACGCCGCGCGGUAUUACAUGGAGACCGUACUUCAGCGCCUUGCGGACUUCCCCCAAGAACUCGCGGAUAUCAUCAACUUCCAGGACGAGGACGGCGAAACGGCGCUCACCAUGGCAGCGCGCUGUCGAAGCAAACGGCUGGUGAAGCUCUUGCUCGACCACGGCGCCGACCCCAAGAUCGCGAACCGCGACGGGAAGACGACCGAGGAUUACAUUCUCGAGGACGAGCGGUUCCGGUCGUCCCCACUCCUCCCCUCCCGCCCGCUCCCCUUCCGCGCCGCAGAUGGUCCCUCGCUAAACGGCCCCGCGUCCUUUUCCUUCCUCCCCUCGAGCGGCGACCGGCCAUCGCUGCACUACUCCGUGACUGGUCAGAAGGUCGCGUCCCGCUGCGUUAGCGACGUCACGAUGAUGCUCGACAGCCUCGCGGCGUCCUUCGACCAGGAGCUGAAGGAGAAGGACCGGGACCUCACGCAGGCGAACGCGCUGCUCAGCAACAUCCAGACCGAGAUCCUCGAGAGCCAGCGGACCGUGGCGCACCUGAAGACUCAGGCGCAGGGCCUCCCGGUCGCACAGCAGUCCGUCGCGCAGUUCGAGGACGAGCUGCGCGGGAAGAUGGGCAAGCGCUUCCGGCUUGGGUGGGAGAAGUGGGUCAAGGAUGAGGAGGAGCGUGAGCGCGGGGUGCGGGAUGCCGCGGGCGGGCAGCUCAUCUCGUUCAACGGCGAGCCCGUGUCGGAUCUGCUUGCGCUGCAUGCGGAUAUACCCACCGACCCGGAGGAGCUGCGGAAGGAGUGCGAGAAGCUGAGGGAGGAGCUGGGCGGGCACCGGACACGACGGAAGGACAUGUUCGACAAGCUCGUGAAGUUCCAGGCGGAGACGGGGACGGACGGGCGGAUGACGGAGUACCGGCGACUCAUCAGCGCAGGCUGUGGAGGCAUCCCCCCAGAGGACGUCGACGGCGUGGUUGGGAUGUUAUUGGAGACAUUGGAGUCGGAGGAACCACCGAGUUCAUCCGCGGCGUGGAAUGGAGCGGCGGCGCGUACGGGCGCGGGGUUGCCGGCUGGCAGCUGAGUGUAGCAUG